CUUGAGUACAGCUCAACCCACAAAACAAGCCACUCCUCUAUUUUGCUGGAUAACCAGCCCCACCCCUACUUUCCAAGGUGCCAAAAAGCUAGCUGCAUCAAAGAUGUCUGUGGGAGAAGCUCUCAAGAAGGCCAUUCGCUCUGGUAACGUGGAGGAUUUAGAGGAAUCAAACUUCCAAAACUAUGGCCUGGAUAUAAACUCAGCACUGGGGAGUGAUGGUUAUUCUGCUCUGCAUUGGGCUUGUCACUAUGGAAGAGCAGAGGUGCUACAACGCUUGAUGGAGCUGGGUGCAGACAUCCACCAAUGCACGCAGCAGGGCUGGACAGGAGCGCACAUCUGUGCCAUCAGAGGUUGCACCACCUGCCUAAAUAUACUGUGUGGCACUGAUAUUGACUUAUUCAAGCCAGAUUCCAGAGGGUAUAUGUGUAUACACCUGGCUGCCGCUCAUGGAAAAACCAGUGCUCUACAGGCUCUCAUCAAAACUGGAGUGAAUUUGAAAGUCGUCGAUAAGCGAGGAUGGACCAUCUUACAUCAUGCUGCCUACCAUGGUCGUCUCAAUGUUCUCCAGGUUGUGGUGGGCCUGGGGCUAAAUGCCAAUGCCACUGAGAAUAAUGGCAACGCACCAGCACAUUUUGCAGCUAUGGAGGGCCAUCUAGAGUGUUUAAAACUGUUUGUGUACCAUAAUAACCAGCCUUUUGAAGUUAUUUCCAAACGAAACAAUGAUGGUGCAACUCCUAAAGACUUAGCCACUCAGUUUCAGAAGCAAGACUGCAUUGACUUUUUGGCUUCAGCUGAAAAUGAAGUUGAAAUAUUUGGGCAUGAAAAUACCGGUGAUGAGUUUCCUGGGCAUACUGCUGCUAGUGAAGGGAAUGUGCAACUGCUUGGAAUGCUACUCGUAGAGGGUCACUGCCAUGUCAACGACCAAGACAGCCACGGGUCCACUGCUGCUCACAAAGCCGCUGGAAACGGACAUUUGGACUGUUUGCAGCUACUGAUUGAUCAUGGAGCUAAUACCAACAUACAGAACAGCUCUGGAGACAGACCUAAGGAUGUUGCCAAAAGAUACGCUCAACUGGGUUGCUUGGGACUCCUCACGGCAACAGACAACGAUCCGUUGGACAAUGACUCAGAGGAUGAAAAGAUUGCUCAAAUAGUGGACACCCCCACUCCCCAGGCAGUCACUAGAGCUGGAGAGAAAGUGGAGGAGUUACAGCGACUUCUCAACAUGGCCAAGACUCACUACAGGCAACUAGGGGGAGAGCUACCUGAAGACAGGGAGCUGGAGCUCAUGAAAGUGGAGCACAGGAGUGAUAUGGAUGCAUUUGAGGCUGAGAUUGCUCGUGAGAGAGAGAGGAGAGAGGAGCUUGAGUCAGAGCUAGACCAGAUGAGGAAGCGACUCAGAGAGAGCCUUACUUUGAUUGAGCAUUACCAGUCCAUUGACUCCACUUCAUUCACGAGUGACUCUAUGAUCACUCUGACUGGCACCACUGAGCUAACUCCUGAGCAUAACCCUCGUCACAGUCAGCAUUCUAUUCGACCAAAGAGCAGGUCGUCAAUGAAGCCGGGACUAGGGGGAGCUUAUGUCAGAAUUGGACAUGUCUAGUUAGCGAACAAACCAUCAUUAUCAGAUUUUUCAACUCAACCCCUUAUUAAUUUUUGUUUCCACUUAGCAUUGCAUAAACAUUGUGAUAGUUCUGAUAA